AUGCCGCUCUGUCUCACCUUCAUCGAUUUAAAGAAGGCCUUCGACUCAGUUGAGACGGAAGCGGUCGUGGAAGCCUCGGACAAUCAAGGCGUCCCUACUCAGUACAUAAAGGUACUUCGAGAGUUGUACAGUAACUUCACGACCGGAAUUGCGCCAUUCUACAAGAACAUCAUCAUUAACGUGAAGAGGGGGGACCCACAGGGUGACACAAUCUCACCCAAAAUAUUCACAGCCACCCUCGAGAACGCAAUGCGAAAGUUGGAAUGGGACUACAUGGGAGUGAAGGUCGACGGUCGGCAGCUACACCAUUUGCGCUUUGCUGAUGACAUCGUAUUGAUAACACGUAGCAUCAGCCAAGAGGAGCGAAUGCUGACCGAAUUCGACGAAACAUGUGGAUGCAUCGGUCUUCAGCUGAAUCUGGACAAGACGAUGUUCAUGUGGAACGGAUGGGUCUCGGGUGCCCCAUUCACGCUCAACGGAACGAACAUAUCCGAAUGCACCAGCUACGUUUAUCUGGGUCGGGAACUAAACAUGAUGAACAACAUGACCCCCGAGCUGGGCAGGAGGAGACGAGCGGCUUGGGGAGCGUAUAAGAGCAUUGAGGAUGUAGUGAAGAAGACCAGGAACACCCGGCUCCGUGCUCACCUCUUCAACGCCACCGUACUUCCUGCUUUGACCUAUGCUUCGGAAACCUGGGCAUUUCGCAAGCAGGAAGAAAACGCGGUGAGCGUCAUUGAACGCGCAAUUGAGAGAGUGAUGCUAGGAGUAUCCCGUUUCACGCAAGUGAGGGACGGGAUUCGAAGUUCUCUCCUACUUCAACCAUCGAAGAUUAGAAACGCCACCGCGUUUGCCAAGGAAAGUAAAAUAAGGUGGGCCGGACACGUGAUGCGCUUUAAUGACAACCGUUGGACCAGAGACGUGAGCGACUGGGUUCCCAGCGAUAUUAAGCGCACUACAGGAAGACCGCCGACCCGAUGGUCAGAUUUCUUCACGAAGUCCUUCAAAGAAAAAUGUGAUGCUAUUCGUGUCCCACGCGAAAGGAGGAACCACUGGGCUACUCUGGCACGCGAUCGGGACAAAUGGAAGAAUUACUGGUGCCCGCUCGACCAGUUCGAAGAUCAACGGGAGUCAAGGUGA